AUGCCUUUACCGACCAGACUCAGCUCUUUGUGGAUAUCGCUCUUGUUCGCGCUGCUGGAUUGUUACUGGGAAACCGUGUCUGCACAGCUCUCUUACUCCGUCUCAGAGGAGGUAAACCUGGGGACUGUUGUUGGAAAUAUCGCUAAGGAUUUGAACAUUAAUGUCCAGGAGUUGGAGUCUCGCAUGUUUCAGAUCGUUGCUGGAUCAAAGAGGAAAUAUUUCGAGCACGGCUCCGUUAACACUGAGAGCAUCCCCUAUUCUGCUGAAGCGGGAUACUUUGUGGCAAAGAUCAGGGCUGUAGACGCUGACUCGGGAUACAAUGCGCUGCUUUCUUAUCACCUCUCUGAGCCCAAAGGAAACAACCUCUUCCGGAUCGGAACCAGCACCGGGGAAAUCAGGACUAAGAGGAGGAUGAGUGACAACGACCUGAAAACUCACCCCUUGGUGGUGCUGGUCUCUGAUAACGGAGAACCCUCCCUGUCAGCUACUGUGUCUAUUGAUGUCACGGUGGUUGAAAGCUCAGCUGACAUCCAGACUCAGUUCAGACAUGUGCCCAUAAAGGAGGACAGCUUCUCGGAUCUAAACCUGUACCUGCUGAUCGCCAUCGUGUCGGUGUCAGUCAUCUUCCUGCUGAGUCUCAUCAGUUUAAUAGCUGUCAGAUGCCACAGGACAGACGGCAGUUUCAGCAGGUACAGCGCCCCCAUGAUCACCACCCACCCUGACGGGAGCUGGUCUUACUCUAAAUCUACUCAGCAGUAUGACGUCUGCUUCAGCUCAGACACGCUCAAGAGUGACGUAGUGGUUUUCCCCGCAGCGUUUCCACCUGUAGACGCUGAGCUGAUCAGUAUUAACGGAGGAGACACGUUUACUAGGACUCAGACUUUACCCAGUAAAGAUAAGGCUAGUGACAGAGGACAGCCUCCAAUGGCAGCACAGUCCAAGGUAUUAAUAGAGGUGGUGGAUUUAAAUGACAAUGCUCCUGAAAUAUCUGUAACAUCACUGACUGACACAGUAAAAGAGGACGCAAAACAAGGUACCGCUGUUGCACUUGUGUCAGUCCUGGACAGAGAUGGAGUAGACGGGCAGCUGGACAGAGAGCGUGCUUCGUAUUAUAAUAUCACCCUCACAGCUAUAGAUGAUGGAACCCCACCUCUCACGACCACCAGGGACCUUACAGUUUAUAUUUCCGAUGUCAAUGACAACCCGCCUCGUUUUACAGAGAAUUUAGUCAAUGUUUAUUUGAAAGAAAACAGUGCCAUUGGAGUUGUUCUAAAAAGAGUAUCUGCACUUGAUGCAGACGUUGAUCAAAAUGCUCAGGUAACCUAUUCAGUUAUCGAAAGUAACAGUAAGUCAUUGCCACUAUCUACAAUGAUGAACAUCAACUCAGAGACAGGAGACAUAGUCAGUUUACAGUCUUUUAACUAUGAGCAGAUGAAAACCUUUCAGUUUAAAGUCCAGGCCACAGACUCUGGUGUUCCUCCGCUCAGCACCAACGUGACUGUCAACGUUUUCAUCCUGGAUGACAAUGACAACAGUCCCUCGAUUCUCGCGCCCUAUUCUGAGCACGGCUCCGUUAACACUGAGAGCAUCCCCUAUUCUGCUGAAGCGGGAUACUUUGUGGCAAAGAUCAGGGCUGUAGACGCUGACUCGGGAUACAAUGCGCUGCUUUCUUAUCACCUCUCUGAGCCCAAAGGAAACAACCUCUUCCGGAUCGGAACCAGCACCGGGGAAAUCAGGACUAAGAGGAGGAUGAGUGACAACGACCUGAAAACUCACCCCUUGGUGGUGCUGGUCUCUGAUAACGGAGAACCCUCCCUGUCAGCUACUGUGUCUAUUGAUGUCACGGUGGUUGAAAGCUCAGCUGACAUCCAGACUCAGUUCAGACAUGUACCCAUAAAGGAGGACAGCUUCUCGGAUCUAAACCUGUACCUGCUGAUUGCCAUCGUGUCGGUGUCAGUCAUCUUCCUACUGAGCCUCAUCAGUUUAAUAGCUGUGAAAUGUCACAGGACAGACGGCAGUUUCAGCAGGUACAGCGCCCCCAUGAUCACCACCCACCCUGACGGGAGCUGGUCUUACUCUAAAUCUACUCAGCAGUAUGACGUCUGCUUCAGCUCAGACACGCUCAAGAGUGACGUAGUGGUUUUCCCCGCACCGUUUCCGCCUGUAGACGCGGAGCUGAUCAGUAUUAACGGAGGAGACACGUUCACUAGGACUCAGACUUUACCCAGUAAAGAUAAGCUCUCUUACUCCGUCUCAGAGGAGGUAAACCUGGGGACUGUUGUUGGAAAUAUCGCUAAAGAUUUGAACAUUAAUGUCCAGGAGUUGGAGUCUCGCAUGUUUCAGAUCGUUGCUGGAUCAAAGAGGAAAUAUUUCGAGCACGUUACAGGUAAUUAA